AUGGUCGUUUGCUUUAGCCUUAUCAACGUAACUGUGCCACUCUUCUGCUCAGACCUGGUCGAUGGCGUUAAGACGUGCAUGACCCGUUUCUUUGGUUCAGUUUAUGCUGCUGGUAAUUUCACUUCCAAUCACGUUUCCGGUUCCGCCGUGAUCACUGACAGCAGCGGCAUGAACGCAGAACACAGAAUGACAUCAGUCGACUUAAGGCAUCAUUCCCGUAACCCUUGUCCGAUAUGCCUUGGCGCCAUCACGUGCCCGGCGUUGACCAAUUGUGGCCAUUGUUUCUGUGCAACUUGCAUCGUCCACUACUGGAAGUUCAGAGCAUAUCCGGGUACCAUCCGAUGUCCCAUCUGUCGCUCAAGGGUGUCGUUGCUGUUAACCGACGGGACGUUGCGUGACGCAUCGAACAUGAAUGACAUCCGACGUGAUAUCAACGAUUACAAUCGUCGAUUUUCCGGUGAACCGAGGCCUUUCCUCGAUUACCUUCGUGACGUACCUGUGCUGAUUCCUCAUCUAUGCCGUCAGUUUUUCAGCUGGAACGGAUUGGUAGUGAUGUUCCGCUUCAGGAUCGUUGUCUGUGUGCUAGCGGCGCUCGUUUACGCCCUGUCCCCGUUCGACUUGAUUCCCGAAGCUUGUUUCGGAAUCUUAGGAUUCCUCGACGACGCAUUCGUCUUCGUUUUGUUACUCAUAUAUUUAAGUAUUCUCUAUCGCAGGUUUAUAUCCAACACAGAAUUGUAA